AUGGAAAAUCAAAACGAAGAUUUUUGUCAUAUUUUACUUAUUUAUUUCCGGAAAGGAAAAAACGUAUCACAAGCUCACAAAAAGUUAUGUGCUGUUUAUGGUAACGAAGCUUUAAAUGAAUGGCAAAGUCAAAAUUGGAUGGCUAAAUUUCGUUCUGAUGAUUUUUCACUCAAAGAUGAAAAACGCACUGGUCGUCCAGUUGAAUUUGAUGACGAUCAAAUCAAAACAUUAAUCGAUUUGGAUCAUCACAGUACAACAUUUGAGAUUGCAGAGAAGCUUCAUUAUCUUAUGGUUAACAGUGUCAAAGGUUUUCGACAGAUCAAUAAAAACUCCAAGAGUAAAAUAGUCAUUAUUGAAUGCAUCCGAUACAUGAUUAAUUAG